CGUAGACGACUACAGCGACCUGGCCUCGUCGCACUCCAGUCUCACUUGUUUCUCUUCCUCUGUGCCAGGGCGAUACCAUGGCAGACAAGGAGGUCAUAGAUCUAACCACCGACGAUCGCGAGAUCAUAAUAGUGGAGUCCGGGGAUGAGUCUCACGAACGGCCGACGAAACGCGCCAGGAAGUCCCCGCUCGGUCCAACUAGCAGAGGUGACACACAGGAGAUGAUGAAUGUCUCAGUGAAUACUGGUGCUGGUGCUGAAGACAGGACGAAGAAGUUUCGCAGGCCAGGGAAGAAGAAACGCAAGAAAGUAACAGUGGUUGGGGAUGAGGACGGAGAAAUUAUUGAGCUCGAGGCGGCAGAGGACUCGGGAGCAGUGUCGAGAGAUGAUUCGAGAGAGCAGACUGAUGCAGAAGGGCAGAGCAGGGACGCGCCAGAAAGGGCGAGCAAGACGAGGGCGAAAGAUUCGGUAAUACGGAGUCUGCUUGACAGACUUGCGGACGCAGAAGACAUACCUACUGUGUACGCGGGGGACAGCUUGCAUAGGCUGGACUCCGACUCAAGGGAGAGGAAGAAGAGGAAGAAGAAACGAAAACGCCGAGACUCCGACCGAGAACGUACCACCACGGCUUCCACCACAAACCCAGACUCUGCAGCCAAGAACGCAGGAGACAAGUCCUUGGACUCUGAUCUCUUCUUUAUAGAUGAAACCCCUGCUGUUAUUUCCGCAGACGCGAAGCUGUCUAAUUUGAUUGUCACAUCUCCAUCUACGCCCGCCACCUCAAAUGUCACGGAGAAGGCGGACGAGGGCGGAAUACCCCUGCUGCUCCCGGUUCAUGUUUCUGUAUCCGCUGGAGAUCAUGCCGAUGAAUCUCUACAGCUAAUUUUACCCCCUUCCCCGGACUCUGAGGAUGAGGCCUACAUCGAAUACCUUGAUUACGAUGACGAUCGACGGGCUCCUGGUGUUGCUAGGUACUUUGACGACCCUGCCGAUGGUACUGAACCAAAGACCGCCAAGAUUGUCUGCAAGAAGUGUGGAGCGGAAGGCGACCACAAGACAUGGAAUUGUCCUGUCAUCAUCUGUCUGACAUGCGGAGUUCGGAACGAACAUGGGACUCGGAGCUGCCCAAUUAGUAAAGUGUGCUUUACUUGCGGCAUGAAAGGACACAUUAAUAGGGAUUGUCCAAAUCGCUACGCUGGUCGUGCGCGAAUGGGCGGCAGCAAUUUCGACGAUUGCGAUCGCUGUGGUUCGUCGCUCCAUCAAAUCAACGAAUGUCCGACAUUAUGGCGCAUAUACACCUAUGUCGAGGAACCGGAGCGGCUAGAGAUCCUCGCUGCGCGUGAACAGAAGCGAGAACUCGAGAUCGGUGAAGGUGGCGAGGGCUACAUUGGUCCGGAAGAUUGGUGCUAUGACUGCGGCGAAUGUGGCCACUUGGGUGAUGACUGCAAAACAAGAUCUCACCAUCACGACCGCCCCUCCGACCCGUCAGCGUUCGGUACGUAUAACAUAAACACGGGGCCCUUCGCGGACGCGAAGAACCCGCAACAACGAAAACCGGGAAAAGCUGCGUCGUAUGCUGCUCGAAUGAACGACGCGUGGGGCGACGGCUACGGCCACGUGCUGCCUCUGGACGUCGGAAAGCAGGGACGGAAGAAGGAGAGGGCACGCAUGGAGCGCCGCGCCCAGGAAGUGCAAGCAGACGAUGCAGACGAUUGGUUCGCAAAGCGCAGAGGAGGCAAUAGUCGUGAGAAGGGCGGCGGAAGCGGUGGCGGCGGAUCCAAGGGCUCCAGGAACGGCCGAAUUAACUCGAAAAUCUCCUUCAGCGAUUUUGAUAGGGAUGGCGACCGUUUUGGCGGACGCGACCGAAGGGACGGCGGGCGACCCCGGCUCGAUGACCUCCCUGGACCUUCGCGCGAGUCGGACUCGAUAAAGAUCCGGGGCGCGUCAAGGAGAGAUAAGGAACGAGAGCGACGAGACAGGGACGACGAGUGGGACGGCAGCAUACGAGGUGCGGCGCGCAGGCAGAGUGAGCACGAGUACGACCAUCGGAGGAAUGAGCGGCCAAGGGAUGAUCGCGACCGGUAUGGGGAGCGUGAUCGAAGGAGGGAGCGUGACCGCAGGGAGGCCAGCCCCCGCCGAGAACCCAGGUACCGAGGCGGCUACGCUCGAUAGCACUUACCUUGAGUCGUUGCCAACACCGUUUGUAUUAUGUUUCCCCGUCUCCUGCCGUAAUUCGCAGCCGUCCUAUUUGGCGUCGCGGGACGGCUUCAAAAGCAUUUGUUCAAUUCCUGUCGUUGCAUUGGAUACUACACAUACAACGUCUGCCAGCUGGGCGAAGCGGAUGCGCCGCCCGCUCGGACUCUGUUUACAGGACUUUCCCGCUGUCUUCGAGAUCGUAGACCCUUACGGCGGCAUUGAAGGCGAUACUUACGAGUUACUAUGAUGGCCCCUUGGUUUAUAAAGGCUCCUUGCUUUAUAAAAUUGAUCUUG